UCAAGGUUUAUCUUGUCUCUUGAUGGGCAAAAUAUAAAUUAAAAACAAAAAUCAAAAUACAAAGUGCAAAAUAAUGUUAAAUUAUCAUGUGAAUAAUUUUCAUUUAAAUCGUGUUUUGCGAUUUACCUGUUGACACAGUAAUUUUUAUAGCAAAGUGAUAAUACGAUAAGUUUGUAAGGUUUGUAACUAAAAAUUGUUUUAGUGGUGACAGCUUUCAUAAUCUAGUAAAUUAAAAUAAAACUGUGGUUAUGAGAGGUAUUGUGCAUAAACCAGAUAAUUUAUUAAGCCUCUAUCGCCCUAAAUUAACAAAAAUAGUUUUGUAGUGUUCGGCUAUUGUAUUGACGUUAACCAUAUCAAGAUUUUUGCUUUCAUCAGCUAUAAAUUGCACUACUUUUCGCCGGUAUGUUCUGUUCGUGUUUAGGUCAAGAUAAGGUAGAAGAAACAUUCAUGAUUUUGAUUAUACUAUUAAUUGUGGUGUGAUUUUUUUUUAGACGGAAAAUGGCGGCACAGCCUCCCAGCAUGGUGCUUGCAUACUGGACUGACAAGAAUUUAGAGGAAUUCUCAGAAGAACUCAGCAAGCACAAGGUUCUUCUGCACCCAGUUCUCAAAAAUAAAAGGAUUGAAGGGAGAUCGCUGGCGCAGUUGGCGCUAGCCGAGCGGUAUGGUUUCAAGGAGUUGAAGGACUUUGUCAACAUUCAGCGUGUCGUGCGCCGGGCCUGCCUUGCCAAGGUCCGAAAACUGGUGGUGCGGUAUGGGGUCGACGAUGCUCUGCAGCACGCGCCGUUCUGGCUGCAGCGGCUCAACCGGCCAUACGAGCUCAUCUCUACAGUGAUGAAGACGGACAGAAUGAAGCCUACUGACAAGCAGAAAGCAGUCUUGUUCAUGUGGGAAAUGUACGCAUGUGUGCGUGAGAACGCGCGCGCAGACGGUGGCAAGCCGAGCAAGCCCACCGUGCUCUUCGAGUUAGCAUCCGAGCGGGGCAUCCCUAGGCUUAAUGUAUGCGAUAUAUGGAGUCGCGUAUACGAUUCAGCGCUGGCCCGACUGCGCACCUCGACGCAGAACGGCGACCUGCCGUGCCUGGAGCGGCCUUCUGCGCUGGAGUGGCGCGUCAUCGACUUGGCGCUGCUGUACGAGGACGAACGAGCACUCAGCAUGAACGCGUUCGCCAACACAGUAGAGACAGAAGCGCUGCUACUUCUGUAUGGGCUCAUGAGUCGAACGCGUCGCAAACGCACGCACUCAGCGGAGCGGCGACCACCUACCAGAAAGUGUGCACCUUCCGUGAAAGCCUCGCUCGAACAAAACGUCCGAGCUGAAUCUGGCCAAGGGACUACAAACAGUUCUAACGCGACUGACGGCGUGGAGUGGGAGAGCGCCGAAGUAUGGGCUGCAGUGACCGUCACAUACUGUAAAAGCGGGCGCGAGGCGUCGCUGGUGACGCUGCAGCGGCGCUGGUACGAGCUGCUGGCGUUGGCGCGACGCGCGCUGCUGCGAGCGCGCCGCUCGCUGCAGACGUCGAGCGAGCGCGCGCACAAACCGCACCCGCUGCUGCUCGCGCUGGCCAAGUUGUUCCCGCACGUGGUGACGUCACCGCUGCCGAGCUGGCAGGCGCUGGUGCAAGGCGGCCGCAUCCAGAUCGACCCUGUUGUACCCUCGAAAAACAUACCAGCUUUGGACAACGCGCCGUGUCCUUCAUCGUUGAGAGACUUGACUGCCGAUCUGUUAGAAUGGAGUGACGACGAACCAGAAAUUAUUGAAAACAACCCUGAAUGUAUAGAGAUAAACACAGAUGACGAAGACACUGAUAAUAAAAUACAGAACAUAAAGAAAUCAUCACCACUAAAAGUUAUUAAAACUGAACCAAUUGAAAAUAUCGAUACUACACAAAUAAAACAGGAAGAUACAGCUGCUUACGAUAGUGUUCAAACACAAAAGCCUUGUAUAAAAAUCGAAAAACCAUCGGCUACAAUAAAAACGGAACCGUUAUAUGAGACAGCAAAAGCUAUAUUCAAUAGCACAUUACAACUAUACAUUGGCAAACAGGAUAAACAAACAGGACCAAAAAAGAAAUCCAGAAUCACGUUUGAAGAUGAAGACGAUUUGGAAGAAAUAUUCAAUCUUAAUAACGAGAAUCUGAAUGUGUGCAUCGAUAAUGUGAAAACGGAACCAAAUAAUAGACACGAUAAAAAAUCAUCCAUAAAAGACGCCACUGUGUCCAGAAUUAGUAGAAAUAUGAGAAUUAAAAGAGAAAAGGCACAACGCGCUGCUCUUUCAAAUGAUGUUCACGACAAUGUUGGUCAGUUCAAAAAACUUUCAACAGAUAAUUAUUAUAAGAGAGUGCCACGGGAUGCAAUACAAGUGGCAAAUAAAUACACACAUGAUGAACAGAGAAAUGCAGCUGCACUCAGCACGAGUGAAGAGAACAGUGACUCGGAUGGCCUUUGUGGUGAUGAUGAGGAAGUUCCCGACAAUGUUGACGAGAAGCUGCUGCAGUUGUCGCGCGUGGUGCUAACGCCGGUGGAGUACUUGGAGAAUUGGCGGCUGGCUCGCGGAGGCACCAUCAACUGCCGCGGCUUUAGCGUCAAGCGGUUCGCCGCUCCUGUGUUCGUCUCGCCCGGGGAGUUGAAAACGUGUCGGCGCUACAAACGACCAGUGGAAUUUGCCGCAUCUUGGCCUGAAGUAUCGACGGUAUGCGCUAGUCGGGAGGAGUCGUUUGCGUGCAUAGCGCAGCGGGUACGAGACGACAUACACAGCAUGCCGCGGGAAUUGCAGAUGAAGAGGAAGCGCCUGACGCGGCGGUUGCGGUUGCCGCGCACACUGCCGAGCGGUUUCUGGCGCAGCGAGCACAACAUGGCGCUACUGCGCGAAUGCUGCGGCGCGCCGCACGUGCGGCUGGAGCGGCUCGCCGCGCGGGCCGUCAAGCGCGUCGAGCUCAGCGACAUCGAGGAGGUGCGGCGCAUCAACCGCACCAUACUUACGGCGCAAGUUGCACCUAUUAACGUCGAGAAACCCAAUAAUGAAAGCGGUGCAGAUGCGGCUGACUCCGGCUCAGAAGCGGCCGCGGACGACGUGGAGGGGUUGGCGCUAGAGCCCACCAGCCCUUCCGAGCUGCCCAACGAGAAAGACCUCAUGGCAAUAAUCAAGACGCUCAUGGUCGGCAGCAUAGAGAAGAUGACCGCGGCGACGCCGCCGGUCGCAGACGCGCCCGCACUGCGUAUACCAGCGCGCGACGCGCUGCAGGACGACAUCUGCCGACUACUGCUGCCUUUCGACCCAACGGGGAAGAAAUCGAUAAAGUCAUGUCAAGUCAAGCCAAGUCAUAAGCGGUAUCAAGCAGUAUACGAGGAAGAGGAGCCGUUGCCCGACGCAUUGCAGGAGUGGCACAGACAGAAGAAUUCCGUACUCAGGUUCUUCAGCUUCAACCAGCCCGAUAAACAAGCCCAAGCCAAACCCAAACCCAGACCGAAAAGCCGACAAAUUCCAACUAAGGGAAGCGAGAACGAAAUCCCAAAUGCCAGUGUCACUGAUAGCCCCAAUAAUGGAGAGCAGCAAAAAACAAUGGACGUUAAUCAAGUCAGCACAGAUGCCUUAGCAACUUGUGAUGCAAGAACUCCGAUAAUAGACAAUGCAGCGGACAGUCCUACAAGCAAACGACUUAAAUUCGAUGAAGAUGUUAUUAAAACUAUCGCGCUCGACAAGCCCUUAACCGUCAAUUUGCAGGAGUGGCAGAGGCAGAAGAAUUCCAUACUCAAGUACUUCAACUUCAAACAGCCUAAUAAGCAAGCCCAGCCCAAAUCCAAACCCAGGCCGAAAAGCCGACAAACUCCAACAAAGAAAAGCGAUAACGAAAUCCCUAAUCCCAGUACUGACAGUCCCAAUAAUGAAGAGCAACAAAAAUCAAUGGACGCUAAUGAAGUCAGAAAAGCCCCAGCGGCAGCGGCAGCAAAAAACACAGCGGGCAGUCCAACUGUCAAGAGACUUAAACUCGCCGAAGAUAUUGUUAAAUCUAUCGCGUGCAACUUGCGGAGCACCGAGUAUUUCGACUCUGAUGACGACGGUAGAAUGAUAAUCGACGAAGGGAUCGAGGACUGCUGUGUGGAGGACGAGGCCGCCGCAGUGCCCGAGCCUCCUGCUGACUCCGCUCCCUCUGACUCAGCUCCCCCUUACUCCGCUCCCGCUGCUCCCGCGAAUAUUACCGCGCUGCCCAUCAGCAGCGUGCCCGGGUUGGGCUCCAACCACGACGCACCAGCCAACAUGGUCUAUGUCCUCAAGAAAAAUACCGACGUACCACCUCACAGCAGUGUCGCGCUGCCCGGAAACGCUUCCUUAACAAGGAACCCUCCCUCAACCGUCCUAAACACCGAUCUACCGAUGUACUUCUUCAUUCAAAAGGGGUCAGAACCCCUCAAAAAAUUCUCAGAGUUCAAAGUGCACGCCGGUCCUUCACUGAAAAAAAUUCUACCGAAACCUUCGACUGUCAACGCAAACACGCUUCCCGGCCCUUCCACGUCUAAAACUUCAACGACUACGAAAUUCGUGAGAAUAUCGAAGGCCGGACCACUUUCGUUUAAACGCAAUCUCGUCCAGACGUUACGAAAAGCUAUAGUAAACAAGGCUGCCAACAACAAGAUAGAUUCGAAAGUAGUGGAAGAAAUCGAUCUAACGGACGAUACAGAUGAAAACGACGCUUCCCCAGAGCGGUCUUCUCAAAGUCUAGGCAUCUCCUCCUUGUUGAAGAUCAAAGAGGAGAAAGAUGUCUCCGAGGGCGGCUUUAGUGUAACGAGCGACGAAACGCCAACGGAGAGUUUAGCGACGCCAACGGAGAGUUCAGCGACGCCAACGGAGAGUCCAGUGACGCCGGCGCCACCGGCGACCGAGCAACGAAUGUUGUGCCUCGAAGUGGGGCCAAUCGUGACCGCGACAGAGCCCUCCACCGAUACCGAAGCACAAACUAUAUGUUUAGACACUGACAGCAGCAACGAGAGUGUCCCUUACGUUGAUGCCGCUGCGAUAAAAAGUGAGCCAGCCGUUGAUAUCGAUAAUAGUGAAUCAACGCAUAUCGACAAGGAAAUAUUGCUCAGUGAAACAGCUAAAGCUCCCAAAACGAACGCCACUCUGAAUAAUCCUCCACCAACUCAGGGCACCAAAGUUGAUGUACUUCCAGAGACACCGAGUGAAUCAACGACUACGGACAAAAUAUUACCAACAGGGAACUCGGCAACGAGCCGAACAAUCCGAAAAUAUGCCCCGGGUCCAAAGUCGAAGAAAAAAGCACUAAUGAACACUCCUAAAAAAGGGGAUAUCAACAAACCGACAAAAAUAACAUCGACCACGACUUCGAAAGAUCUGCUCAAGUUGUCGCCUGAAGAGUUGGCUCGCUUGUUAGAGGACGACGAUUGCACGCAGAUCGCACCUGAGCCGCAGGUGAGCAGUGUGACGCUCAAACCGAUACAGGUCAAGAAAGAAAAGCUGUGGGAGGACGAGCGCGCCAAAGAUGCACAGUUGCCGAAAGUUGUGUCGGUUAAGAAGGAGCCAGGCACGGAUCAAGAUGGCGACGACGUGGAGAACUUCCUAGCGGACAUCCCUGUGGUGUACGACUCGAGAGACGCGGAGCCGACCGUCGUAAACGGCGACGACACGCUGUUCUCCCUGCGCGACCUGGGCCGCGGGGUCGUGGACGCGGCGGAGCAUGCGGCGAGCGUGAGGCCCGAGGAGCCGCUGCUGAAGCUGGACCUCUCCGCGCCGCUAUACCUUCUGCGCGGCAAGUACGCGCUGCUCACCGACGAGGACGUGCCGUGCGAGGCGCCCAGCUUCCUGUGCACUACGGUUCCAUACAACGUCGUACGAAUGCCGGAGAGUGCGGGGCCGAGGCAGGAGCUCGACCUUGGCUCCAAGAAAGGACGCGACGUAAUGGUAUGCGGAUGCAACGGCAAAGAGCGCUGCUUUUUGUGCGAGAGCUUGGACGGAGAGUUCGAGAUAACCAAGCCGAAGUUCAACAAGGUGUGUCGCGCGUGCGGCGUGGACCCGAAGCGCGAGCGCGCGCGGCUCUACAACAUCAAGCAGCGCUACUACCGCAAGAUCGCCGACCGGCCGCUCAAGUUCGUCGCCGUGGAGCGCACGCGCCGCUGCGACGUGUGCCGCGACGGGCCGCAGUUCGUCGCGCGCCCGGACACGGUGCGCGUCAACGGCAAGCGCUACGAGAGGCUGACGGACGAGCCGCUGCAGUACGCGCCGCUGCUCAGUGUCGUGCCGGACGCGGCCGCCGGCGCACGUCUCGCGCGCGCCGCCGCGGAGAUGCAGCUGCUGAACGUGCGCACGGGGCAGCGGCAGCGCGUCAUGUACCGCGACUCGCCGCGCCACGAGCUGCUGCGCGCCGCCGUGCUCGCGGUCAUGAAGCGCGUCGACCGCGAGGAGGUAGACGCGCGCUACCGCCGCAGCAUAGCGGGUGAUAAUGGCGACACCUAGCCAUUGUUAACUGUAGGCCCGACAUAUGCAAACGACUGAGUUGGAAAUAUCGCUCUCUCUCAUUUUUUUUUUAUUCUUUACAAGUUAGCCCUUGACUACAAUCUCACCUGAUGGUAAGUGAUGAUGCAGUCUAAGAUGGAAGCGGGCUAACUUGUUAGGAGGAGGAUGAAAAUCCACACCCCUUUUCGGUUUCUACACGAUAUCGUACCGGAACGCUAAAUCACUUGGCGGUACGUCUUUGUCGGCAGGGUGGUAACUAGCCAGGGCCGAAGCCUCCCACCAGCCAGACCUGGACCAAUUAAGAAAAUCUCAAUCGGCCCAGCCGGGUAUCGAACCCAGAACCUCCGUUUUGUAAAUUCACCGCGCAGACCACUGCGCCACAGAGGCCGUCAGUCAAAUUAUAUCACAACAAAAGAAAGAGCGAUAUUUUCCGUCGACAAUAUGUCAUUUUGUCUUCACGACAUAUGUCGUGAUCGCAUGUUAGGUCUUAGAAACUCGCGUGGGUUCCAUACGUUGAUUGUACGACAUAUUUCGCAUGUUAGGUCUUAAAGACUUGGGUUCCAUACGUUGAUUGUUAUCUAAGUUUUUAUUCUAACCCAAAGGAGAUGGUCGUUUCAGACCGGAUCUGAUUUUAUGUACUGUUAAUGUUAAUUAAGCAUGAUAGUAAUACUAUAAAGGAAAAGUUAACUCACUGUAAGAUAAUGCACUGUUAGUUUAGUUAUCUGUAGAUAGAAUACGUGUAGUAAGCAAUACUAUAAAACUUUUUAUAAGCCAAUGGCUUCCUGUACCAAAUAACUUCUGAUUUUUAUACAUCGCACAAGCGUCUUGUGCACGUUUUAGUUAAGGUAUAACAUAAGUCAUUUUUUAUAGUAGGUAUAGGUAUAUAUUAUGAAUAACAAAAUAAAUAUGCGUUUAUAAAAAUACAUUUUCGUAGGAUUGCCUGAUUCAUUGUAGUUAGUUUAAGUUUGAAAUUUCCUUAAUGUAUGUGUCUUUACUUAAAAGGGUAUAAAUAAGUGAAAAUAAAUUGAGUAUAUAUUUAUCGCGUUUGUAUCAAACGCACUUCGCUCUGUUUCAAUUGAUAGUACACAGAGUAAAAUAAAAAAUUACGAUGCACAUAAUGAUAUAGUUUAUAAGAGAAUAGGUUAUAAUUAGUGUAUCUAUGAUGAAAUAGACUUAAUUGAUUUUUUUAUUGAGUGCUCGGAACACCGCGGUGUCGUAGCCGCCCCAAAUACAAAAUUCAAAAACGAAUACAUUCUCGAGUCAGUACGACACGAAGCGUCGCAUCAGUGACUUCUAAUAUUAUUAAAGAAAAAUGGAGUUUUAUGUUUGUAAAUAUUUUAAAAACUGUUCACAAAAACUAAAGAAAUAAGAUGGAGUAUUUUUUAUUGGUAAUUAUUGAUUAUUAUAAAUAAUACACUAAUUAUGAAAAAAGUUUGUAUAUGAAAGAGAUGCGUGACGUUUUUAUGGGUUUCACCGGCUUCACCACUUGUAAAUAUACAUUCUGUAUGAUCCUUAUUCUGUGUGUGGUAGUAAGAAACAACAGUUGAUGAUUUGAUCUGUCAUCUCGAAUUUUGUAUGUACUUUUUAAAAUAAUUGUAAAAUAUUUGAUUACCUAUUACACGAAUGUUUCUUUUAGUAAA